AUGUUUUCCUUUUUUCCAUUUAGCUCUGCUGAUGAGGCCUCCAAGGGAGCCCAGCCCGAUUCAGACAACGCUGCACGCGACCUUUGGGAUCCAACGCCUAUCUCCUUCGACUGGACCAGCAUCUCCAACCCGUGCGACGAAAUCGAGUCUGGGGACGAAUAUUCUGUUGUAGGUACUAAUGCAGACAUUAAGGAGAACCCCGUCGAGGUCGACUUGUGUGAUCGGCCAGCACCCCUCCAUGGCGAGACCGAACCGGCCACUGAAGACUCUCGUCAAGCUGAGAGUAAUGACGCAGAUGCUUCGUCGGACCAGAUCCGCGAAACAACAGCAGCAGAUUGUGCUACGGAGGAAACGGCCAAUACUCCCAGAGAUAGCGAAGGCCGGGAUAAACCGUCGGAUGAAAGCCAUGCAGUGGCUACACCGUAUCCUCUAGCUACUAGCGAGACAAAGCGCGCGGCGAGUACACCCACGCCUUUUACAAAGACAAUAGGGUCAAGGUCGGAACCAUGUCCUGAUAAUCGAAAGAAUUUGCUGCGUAAGGAAGAAACUCGUGCUGAUAAGGUUCUGGAGAAAAGCCGCGCCAUAGCCACUUGGGCACGGUGUGUCGAGAUAUCGCCGGUAUCUCCCCGGUUUCUUCUCAGUAUUGUCAGUGGCAGGCAUGUUGUUGACCCGGAGGGGGAUGUGACUAUUGCAUUGCGAGACGUCGAUCCCCCGUUUGCUGUCUGGGGUGGGCCUCCGACGCCAGCCUCUAGAUCCCAACCCAAAGUUACAAGGUUUAUUGAGGUAAUCCAGUAUCAAGUUUCAGGAAAGUGCAUCAAGGGUGCCACGCCUAUGCUUCAGCAGGUAAUGGGGGCCCUAUCCAAGGGGGAACAAGAGAUGAUCCUUCUGUCGUCGUUUGACUCUGAAGCGCUUUUGGUAUUAUUGAAUAUUCUGCACUGGCGGCUUGACAAAGUGCCACGCAUGGUGAGUCUUGAGCUCCUAGCCAAGAUCACGAUUAUAUCAGGCAAUCUUGGAUGCCAUGGCCUGCUGGAGGAUCACGCGAGAAGGUGGAUGUCAGCGCUGGGAGACACCAUCCACAAUCUGAGGUACUCGCGCGAUCUUGUGAUAUGGCUCUGGUUAACGUGGGCUUGGGGUCUCCGCAGGGAGCGGCUGACUGCGUCUUGGAGGCUUCUAACAUUGAGUCCAAGGAAGCUUGAUGCUCGGAGAGAGGCUGUUAUUCAAGACAUCGUCGACAUGACCUACCAGAAGUUCUAUGGUGGUCUGGAGGCUGUCAAGCUCUCGGAAUGCAGGGGUUACUGCUGUGCAUCAUUGCUGGGCGGUUGGAUGCUGCGGAUGCAGAAGACUGGCCUGUUCCCAGUUAAACCUACAGCGCCUUUCUGCGGAAUCGUAUACGAGCAACUGGCGGCAAAAUGGACUUUCGACUUUCUGAAGGACCAACCUGACCAGGGUCAGUGCAAAUGUUAUCACGACUGUGUAAAGGAACUGGGAGGUCCUGGCGGUGUUGGGCCCCGUCUGGUAUGCUGGUGA